AUGUUAAAAUCAAAUACAAGUAUAAUUUUGGAAGUGAUUAUUUUGGGGUUUCCCGAAAUGUCUGAAAAACGCCUAUUACUUUUUAUGUUAUUGUUUCAUAUCUAUGUAAUGGCUUCAUCUGGCAAUCUAUUAAUAAUGAUUGUAACAAAGCUGGACUCUAGUUUACAAAGCCCAAUGUACUUUUUCUUAGGCCACCUUUCUAUGAUUGACAUCUGCUAUAUUUCUGCCACGGUGCCACUAAUGUUAGUUAUUUUGAUAUCACAUCACAACCAUUUGCAAUUUAGUGCUUGCGUUGUACAGCUGCAUACUGUGAUCUUCUUAGAGGGGGCAGAGUGCUUUCUUUUAGCUAUCAUGGCUUAUGAUCGGUAUGCAGCGAUCUGCCGUCCAUUACACUAUACCUUUAUUAUGAAGAGAGGAGUCUGUUACAAACUGCUCUGUGGUGGAAUACUGUGUAGCCUAUUGAACUCAAUGAUCCACACCACCCUGAUCAUACGCCUGCCUUUCUGUGACAAUGAAAUUAACCACAUGUUCUGUGAUAUUCCACCCUUGCUAAAGCUAUCAUGUAUCGAUACCUAUCUAAACGAAGUUAUACUCUUUGCAGUGAGUGCAGUUUUUGUAGGACUUGGACCACUUGUGUUUAUCCUUAUCUCUUAUUUCUACAUAGUUGUUACUAUUUUAAAAAACACAUCUAAUGUAGGGAGACAAAAAAUGUUUUCUACCUGUGUAUCUCAUCUUAUUAUUGUUACCAUGUUCUAUGGAACUGGAUGUUUCAACUAUGUCCGUCCCAGGUCCAGUUACUCAAUGGAGCGUGACAAACUAGUAUCAGUUAUCUAUAAUGUGGCGACUCCUUUUCUGAACCCCAUUGUCUACAGUCUUAGGAACAAUGAGGUCAAAAGGGCUCUAAUAAAUGGAUGUAGAAAACAUUUUUUUCACAAGGGGAGACUAUAA